AUGGCCGAGCACAACCGCUAUGAGCACCCGCUGGUGAGCCGCUACGCCACCAAGGAGAUGAGCGAGAUCUGGUCGCCCGACCGCAAGUUCUCGACGUGGCGGCAGCUGUGGCUGGCGCUGGCCACGUCCGAGAAGGAGCUGGGCCUGGCCAUCACGCAGGAGCAGCUCGACGCCAUGAAGGCCCACCUGACGGACAUCGACUACGAGUACGCGGCCGAGAUGGAGAAGAAGUUCCGCCACGACGUCAUGGCCCACGUGCACGCGUUCGGCAAGGAGGCGCCCGUGGCCAUGCCCAUCAUCCACCUGGGCGCCACGAGCUGCUACGUGGGCGACAACGCCGACAUCAUCCAGAUCAAGCAGGGGCUGCAGCUCAUCCAGCGCAAGAUGGUCAAGGCCAUCAAGGUGCUGGCCGACUUCGCCCUCGAGUACAAGGACAUGCCCACCAUGGGCUUCACGCACUUCCAGCCGGCGCAGCUCGUGACGGUCGGCAAGCGCGCGUCGCUCUGGUUGCAGGACCUGUGGCUCGACUUCCAGCACCUGACGGAGCAGAUCGACAGCCUGCCCAUGCGCGGCGUCAAGGGCACGACCGGCACCCAGGCCAGCUUCCUGGACCUGUUCGAGGGCGACCACGAGAAGGUCAAGAAGCUGAACGAGCUGGUGGCCGAGAAGAUGGGCUUCAAGAAGGUCAUCCCCGUCUCGGGCCAGACGUACACGCGCAAGAUCGACUACUUCGUGCUCUCGAUCCUGUCGGGCAUCGCCCAGUCAGCCUACAAGAUGGCCGGCGACAUCCGUCUCCUUGCUAACAUGAAGGAGAUCGAGGAGCCGUUCGAGAAGAACCAGAUCGGCUCGUCGGCCAUGGCCUACAAGCGCAACCCGAUGCGCUCGGAGCGCAUCUGCAGUCUGGCGCGUUACGUCAUCUCGCUGACGGACAACGGAGCGCAGACGCACGCCGCCCAGUGGUUCGAGCGCACGCUUGACGACUCUGCCAACCGUCGUAUGGUGCUGCCGGAGGCCUUCCUCGCCACGGACGUCAUCCUGAACCUGAUCACCAACGUGUCGGACGGUCUGCAGGUGUGGCCGAACGUGAUCAAGGCCCACAUCAAGGCCGAGCUGCCCUUCAUGGCCACGGAGAACAUCCUGAUGGCCUGCGUGAAGGCCGGCGGCGACCGUCAGGAGCUGCACGAGGCCAUCCGCACGCACUCGAUGGAGGCCGGCAAGCGCGUCAAGAUGGAGGGCGCCGCCAACGACCUGCUGGAGCGCAUCGCCGCCGACCCGCUGUUCAAAGCCGUGCACGACCACAUGGACGCGCUGCUGGACCCGUCGCUCUUCAUCGGCCGCUGCCCGCAGCAGGUGGAGGAGUUCAUCAGCGAGGAGAUCGCCCCCAUCCUCAAGGAGCACGCCAAGCUGCUGGAGGUGGAGAGCGUCGACGGCAUCAACGUCUAA